GGUUUCCUUUGGGGGACAGCUAAAUUCCUAUUUCACAGCAGAGAAGAGAAAUUGACCUUUGGGGGGGCAGUUGAAUGAGGGCGUCGGGUUCCCUCCUCCCCCCGCUUCCUGCCUCACCUCUCCUAAUUGAAGGCAAAGGAUACUCGUUUCGCCCCCCUCCCUCUCUGUCAUGGAUUUUAGCCCCCUCCGCCGCCGCCGCCCCCAACCCCUCGCUCGCCUGCCCAAUGGGAGGUUCGUGGGGGCUGCGCGUCCUCCUUGCGCGGCGCACGCACGCUGUGCCUGUUCCCUGAGAUAUGCUGGAAGGGCAGCUGGGUAAAAUCCCAGCUGGAGGGUGGGACGUGGUUGGGGGGCGGUUUGCUGAGAUGACUUUCCCACCCCCCUGUGUGUGGAAGGGGCAUGGAGCUCCUCUGAUCUUCCUUCACCUCAGGACAUGAUGCCUUAUUUGGGGCUAGGUGGGUGGAUAGAUGGGGACAGCUCUGGUGACUGGCAGGGUUUAACCCCCCUCCCUGCUUCUCUCCCACCCCCUCUCUCCUCCUCUUCUCCCCCCACCCCACCCCACCCCUCCCUCUAACCUCCAAAAGGGGAAUUUUCCAGCUGGUAAUUUCUGCUGCGUCAACACCCAGCUCAAGGGAGUGGAGAGGAGACAAGGGGGCAUUUUAACAGCAGCUCCACUUCGUGAAAUAGCAAGCCUUUCCAUUCUGGUUUGAUAGUUUUAUUUGAAAAGCAAACAAAAACCACCCCACAGCGUUUAAAAAUAAGCAUCUGUGCAAGUUGGACCCAAGAGCUUGUCAAGAGAGAGUGGCUCAAAACUGCUUGGAAGAAAGGGAUGAGACCUGUGUGGAAGCAGUAGCACAAAUAUUUCUAAAUGAAUAAUCGAAAGGAAGACAUGGAAAUUGCCUCCCAUUAUCGUCAUCUGCUUCAAGAACUCAAUGAACAAAGACAGCAUGGCAUCCUCUGUGAUGUUUGCAUUAUAGUGGAGGGAAAGAUUUUCAAGGCUCACAAAAACAUUUUACUUGGGAGCAGUCGCUACUUCAAGACACUGUACUGCCAGGUGCAGAAGACUUCUGACCAGGCAACGGUCACUCAUUUAGACAUUGUAACAGCCCAGGGGUUUAAAGCAAUCAUUGACUUCAUGUACUCUGCACACCUUGCAUUGACCAGCAGGAAUGUUAUUGAGGUGAUGUCAGCUGCUAGCUAUCUCCAGAUGACUGAUAUUGUUCAAGCUUGUCACAAUUUCAUAAAGGCUGCUCUUGACAUAAGCAUUAAGUCUGAUGCAUCAGAUGAUUUUAUUGAUUAUGAACUUGGAGCAACCUCCAGCAGUAGUACAGAUGCUUUGAUUUCAGCAGUGGUAGCUGGUAGGAGCAUAUCUCCCUGGCUAGCUCGGCGGACAAGUCCUGCAAACUCCUCUGGUGAUUCAGCCAUUGCUAGUUGUCAUGAAGGAGGAAGCACAUAUGGAAAAGAGGAUCAAGAACAAAAAAUGGAUAGUCAUGAUGACGUUUCAUCCCAGUCUCUGUGGUCUAGUGAUAUGGGGUAUGGAUCCUUGCGUAUCAAAGAGGAACAGAGCUCUCCUUCUCAUUAUGGAGGAAAUGAGUUGCAGUCUGCCAAAGAUAGUACAAUGCAGAAUACUUUUUCAGAACAAGGCGCUGCAGAUGGAUGGCAGCCCACUGGGCGCAGAAAGAACAGAAAAAACAAAGAUACUGUGCGCCAUAUUACACAGCAACUGGGAGAUGACAGCAGAACAAGCUCUCCAGUACCACCUUUUCUAUCUGCCCCAGGAUGGCCAUACAGUAGUCGUGAAGCAAGUGUGGAUCUGACAGGGGCAGAAUCCAGCAACUCUGACAGCCGAAUAGAGAGAGUGGACCUUUAUGCAAAUGUCGAGGAAGCACUCCUAGGAGGUGAAGCUGGUUAUCUCUCUCAGCCUCUUACUCCAGAGAAGGAAGAUGCGCUCCAGGCUGUAGCAGUUGCUAAUCUGCGGGCAGCCCUUAUGAGCAAGAACAGCUUGUUGUCCCUGAAAGCUGACAUGCUGGGAGAGGAAAGUUCUCUGCUCUUCGAAUACUUACCCAAAGGCACACAUUCACUGUCUUUAAACGAAUUCACGGUGAUCAGAAAGAAGUUCAAAUGCCCCUACUGCAGUUUCUCAGCCAUGCACCAGUGCAUCCUGAAGAGGCAUAUGCGAUCCCACACUGGAGAACGACCCUACCCUUGUGAAAUUUGUGGGAAGAAAUUCACCCGCCGGGAGCACAUGAAACGGCAUACCUUGGUCCACAGCAAAGACAAAAAAUAUGUCUGUAAAGUGUGCAACCGAGUGUUUAUGUCUGCAGCCAGCGUGGGGAUUAAGCAUGGUUCCCGCCGUCAUGGUAUUUGCACAGAUUGUUCUGGCCAAGGCAUGGCCAGCCACUUGGAUGCCAGCGGAGGAGAUGGCUCCCCAGAUGAAUUGUACGGCACAGAAGAAGGCCCAUAUAUGGAAGAUCCUGACGACCUCAAAGCAGAAGGAGAUGAAGACAUGGGGGGUGACGAUGACAUAAAAUGGAAAGAUGACAUAGAAAUUUCACAAGACGACGUGAUUUUGGAAGAUGACAAAGAUGACCUUGACUCUCCACAGGAGAAUGAAAACUCUGAGGAUACCGACAAGGAUUUCACUUGGAUUUCUUAGGGAUUUUUGUUCUGCUCAAUCUGUUUGGGAUGGGGUAGGGAAGAGGAAGGUUGUGUUGGGAAAGCUCAAGUAGCCUUGCUAAUGUCCUUGUGUACAAAAAUGUGUGUGGAGGAUUUUUUUACCCCCCAAGCAAACAAGCUUUUCAUUUGUUCCCUCCAGAUACUGUAUCAGCAAACAUUUCCCCUGAAACGUUUCCACUUUCUUACCUGUUGCCCGUCACAUGGUCCUGAAAUGCUUAGAAUCAUGUCCUUGUCUUUCAGUGAGAGCCAACUAGAUUGUAUGCAGGCGCCAUGGAGCUUCCACCCUCAAAUGUCCCUCUACUGUCAGCUUGAAAUAGGGAGGACUCUUACAAUAAUUACCAAAACAUUUUUAAACAACUCUGCUUCCAGCAGCAAGGGAUUUGUGACAAGCUUACCCAUGGUAAAGUCCAGGGUGCGGGUGGUGCUGUGGUCUAAACCUUGAGCCUCUUGGGCUUGCCAAUUGGAAGGUCCGUGGUUCGAAUCCCCACGAUCAGAGCUCCCGUUGCUCUGUCCUAGCUCCUGCCAACCUAGCAGUUCGAAAGCACACCAGUGCAAGUGGGUAAAUAGGUACCGCUGCGGCAGGAAGGUAAAUGGCAUUUCCAUGCGCUCUGAUUUCCAACAUGGUGCUCUGUUGCACCACAAGUGGUUUAGUCAUGCUGGCCACAUGACCUGGAAAGCUGUCUGCGGACAAAUGCCGGCUCCCUUGGCCUGAAAGCGAGAUGAGCGCUGCAACCCCAUAGUCACCUUUGACUGGACUUAACCGUCCAGGGGUCCUUUACCUUUUUUUUAGCUUACCCAUGGUAAACAGAGCAGUGUGAGCAUUUCAGGACUUUCCCCUUUAAUAAUGCAACAACUCUUUCAGUAAGCCAGAGAGAUCAAGUCUGUAGCCUUCACUAGAACUGGGACACUUGCCCUCAGGUCAAUUGAGCAAAGGAUUCAGUUGUCCAUUGGCAUUUGUAAUAUAAAGACACCCUCCUCUGAGGUUUGAUUUGUGAUGCUCUAUGGUGCAGGAAUAUUUGCUGCAAAAGUGUCCCCUAGUGGCCAAGUCUUAUAAAUGCACUUUUCUUCUGGUGUGGCUGUCUUUUUCGCUUGUUCAGUGACAUAUGGCAAUACUCAGCGUACCAGCUUCUUUGCCAAGUUCUGCCAAGCUCUAUUAGGACGUACCCAUGUGGGGUAUUUUUUAUCAGGUCUUGGACGCAUUAAUUGUUCACAGCAAGUGUACCAAUCCCUGCUAUGCCACACGUUCGUGUCAUAACAAAAUAAAAAAAUUCCUUCCAGCAGCACCUUUAAGAGACCAACUAAGUUUGUCAUUGGUAUGAGCUUUUGUGUGCAUGCACACUUCUUCAGAUACAUUGAAACAGAAGUCACCAGAGAGGGUGGGGAGGGGUAUUACUCAGAAGGGUGGUGGGAAAUUGUGAUUGACUGACUGACAGCUGUUGACGACUGUUAACGACUGCAAUUGGUCUUACAGGAAAAAGCAAGGGGUGAGAUAGCUAAAGAUAGCUUUGUCAUGUAUAAUGAGAUAAGAAUCCAAUGUCUUUAUUCAGACCAGGUCUCUCCAUGGUUUUAAGCUUGGUAAUAAGUUGCAGUUCAGCAACUUCUCUUUCCAGUCUAUUUCUGAAAUUCUUCUGUAAUAAGGCAGCUACUUUGAGAUCUUGUAUAGAAUGUCCUGGGAGAUUGAAGUGUUCUCCUACUGGUUUCUCUGUCUUGUGAUUCCUGAUGUCAGAUUUAUGUCCAGUUAUCCAGGGUUUGGCCUGUUUGUCCAAUAUAGAGAGCUGAAGGGCACUGCAUAGUUCCCUCAGAAGAAUCGGGGGUUGCUCUGCCAGGUGGAAAGGUAAAUUGUCCAUCACCAGUGGCAGAACUCUGGGUGCCAGUAAAGACAGCAGAGUGGGAAACGGGAGAUGUGGCACAACGCACCCAGAAGUUACCCUGUGUUCUCCUCAUUUGAAAUGUAGAGGAACUGCACAAGGGCAAUCGUCCUUUUCAAUGCUCACCUCAGUCUUUCAGGUUUUUUUGGCAGCCCCGAGAGAAUGGCACAAACUCCCCAAAUAACCUGAGUUCUUCCUUCUUUGGCUACUGCUUCUGUGCUUGCAAGUGCAAUGCCAGACCAUUUGUCGUGGGUGCAUCUAUGUCCCUGAAUCUGGAAAAGUGGCUAUGUAUUUAAGCAUCCAAGCAGAUCUUCCACAUCUUGUCUACCAGUUGUGGCUGCAGGCUUGUACCCUGCAGCACCCACAGAGAAGGGUCUAGGGUCAUGAUCCUAAGAACUGGCGAGUUGUAUGUUUCAUGGUUGGCUACUGCUGCUUUUCUGGUGCAGCCUUUAAAUAGUAAACUGGCCUGUAUAUUUUAUCUUUGGAACAGAUUUUUAUGCAGAAUAAUGUGGGUGCUACCGGUUGUGCUUGGAACCUGCCACAGGAAGCAGCCUUCAUAGGAAGGAAACUGAAUAUAAAAGGUCCUAUUAUUGUUAUUUUUUUGUGCAGCAAGGACAACAGGCUUCUGAGAUUGUGUACAGAUGAUCAUUUCUAAAGAGCAAUGGAAGUGUCUUCUCUGCACUGGAGGGGCAGAAUCUUACCAAUGCCUAACAUUUACUUCCAAUUGCAGCUACUUCUCCAUAUAAGACAAUGAAGGGCAUGGAACCGUCUAGAUCAGAAUGAAAAAGCGCCUGGUUUUCAUCAGUUAACUCCCAAAUAAAACCUUGAAUAGCAGGCCAUUGCUGUGAAAGACGGAGCAGAUUCCACUUCCUGUUUUUUAUUUUCCCCUUUUCUUGUAAAGAGAGUGUAUAAGCAUAUUAUUUAAUGUAUAUAUAUUUAAAAAACACGUUGCAAUUGGUUUCAGAACUGUUCCACAGAUGAUCACUAGUGUUCCUUGUCCUGGGCACUAUCACACUAGGUGCUAAGAAAGGUCACAUGCCUUAUGGCAGCAGUUGUCAAUCAUGCUGCUUAGUGCUUGUUUUGGCCUUCAAACAUACACUGCUUGAAGUACUACAGAAAUCUGCAAACAUAUUCAUAGAAAACAUUUUUAAAAAAAAGAAUAACAAAAAAAUAUAUAGCUGAACAGCAAUUGUUAAGCCUAUACAGUAUGGCUUCAAAUUCUCUGCAGGGCUAUCAUCUGUACACAGCCUGAGGACAGAGCUUGCAAAAAAUAAUAGUCCCCCCAAAAAACCCUACCACCAUGCAAACAAAAAAACAACCACCACCAUGUGUGUUUCUCCUCUGGAAGAACAUCAAAGCCAGCUUUUCUGAAUCCAACGAAGACAAACCCCAGUGGUGACAACCUUUCAAUAUUAAAAUGCCUUUCACUGAAGAUAUUUACCCUUCACUGAAGUGUUUAAUGCAAGAAUUUCCAUCUGGUCUUGCACUAAUGAACAUCUUCCUUUAAAGAGCUUUGCUUUAUUAAUGGGCCAUAUCAGUGUGUUCAUGUUUCAGCUUCCUUUACUUGGAUAAAUCUCAGGUUAAUAAAGAGAACUGAGAGGGGAAUUCACUCAUUUUAUUUUUCUAUGCACUUCUUUUCUUCCUCUCCAUCCGUUGUCACUCCCCACCAUUUCGCAACACCACAUUCACUGGAGUAUUUUAGGCAUGCUGUCUUGCUGAAGUUACUCCAUGUUCUUAGUGCUUAACUAGCUCAAAGGAAAGUUUUAUUAUGGGAAAAUGCUCUGCUGCUAAACAAGGGUACAGAAUUGUUUGUAUUUAGCCAGGGAGACAUGACCAAUAACCAAAUACUUUAAUAUUCUCAAGGGCGAUUGCAGGGUGGGAGCUAGAAUCCAAGACUCUUCUUGCAUUUGAGCUUGUUGUAAAGCCUCAUUCUAUUUCAACUGGAAGACAAAUGUUUUAAUACUGGACUUUCAUAAACACCUUUCUAAGGUUUCUCUCUUGACUCCCUUUUUAUUGACAUCAUCUUGUAUGGAACCAAGGACAUCAGGAUUUGAGGACUCCUAGUGUUUAGCAUUAAUAAAGUUUCUUUGUUUGGGGGGCACACUCCUGAAUUUAAGACAUUCCAUUUUCCUCCCACCUUGACUUGAAAGUUGGAUUUCACGCACGCACGAACCCUUGCUGGCCAUAUCUGCAAAGUGGUUCCCUGUGUACUCAGUUUGGCUUGUUAGUACUUAAACCAAAAGUGCAGGAAACCUUCCAUGGAAGUGAGGUGGUGGGGAGUAAUUUUCACUUAACUCUUGAACCUUCCUGGCCCCUCCUUCUCUCCACUCUACCUUGGGAACUUUGGUUGUGCAGACUGCCAGUUUCAUGUUGCUGUCUUUAUUGGUUCAUUUGUGGUGUGGUGAUAGAAUAGGGACAAAGGAGCAAGUCAACACCAGCGCCUUCAUGCAUGGUGGAUCAUCUUCUUCUUUGGCGAUCACUCAUAGCCAAGUAAGCGACGAGUCCGUAAGUGACUGUGGAGGCCAAUUCUGGAUCCACACGUCCUUCUACAGCGAUGGUGCAUCUAUACCGUACCUAGAUGGUUCUCUAAAAUACAUGGGAGUUACGAAAGUACCACUCACCCUGAAUUGACUGUGUUGCCUUUUCCUCCUCUUGGUUAAACUUGAUUUUGUAUUCAUUUUCCUCCUCUCCCAGUGCUUGCUUUAUUUAAAAUGGUUUUAUUUCUCUCUUUAAAUAGGAGUCACUUGUCUUUUAUGCAUUUUAUCAGUGUCAUUUCUCUCCUAUUUUGACUAAGUGGAAGCAAUGACCAGACCCAUGAAAUGUGAAUGUUUCAGCUUUCUCAGUGACAACAUUGCAGAUGCUGUGUUACUUAAGUACACUAUGUGUGUGUUGAGAUCACCUUGGGAACUUCUUUUAAACAUGAUUUUAAAGAAGCUUGAGCAGUUUUGUGUUCUCGUAUGAGUUUGGUUCACUUCACUCGGUUUUGCUUAGGAUCCAUUCCUAGAAUCAUAGACUUGGAAGAGACCACAGGGGCCAUCCAGUCCAACCCCCUGCCAAGCAGGAAACACCAUCAAAGCAUUCUUGACAUAUGCCUGUCAAGCCUCUGCUUAAAGACCUCCAAAGAAGGAGACUCCACCACACUCCUUGGUAGCCAAUUCCACUGCCGAACAGCUCUUACUGUCAGGAAGUUCUUCCCAAUGUUUAGGUGGAAUCUUCUUUCUUGUAGUUUGAAUCCAUUGCUCCGUGUCCGCUUCUCUGGAGCAGCAGAAAACAACCUUUCUCCCUCCUCUAUAUGACAUCCUUUCAUAUAUUUGAACAUGGCUAUCAUAUCACCCCUUAACCUUCUCUUCUCCAGGCUAAACAUACCCAGCUCCCUAAGCCGUUCCUCAUAAGGCAUUGUUUCCAGGCCUUUGACCAUUUUGGUUCCCCUCUUCUGGACACGUUCCAGCUUGUCAGUAUCCUUCUUGAACUGUGGUGCCCAGAACUGGACACAGUACUCCAGGUGAGGUCUGACCAGAGCAGAAUACAGUGGUACUAUUACUUCCCUUGAUCUAGAUGCUAUACUCCUAUUGAUGCAGCCCAGAAUUGCAUUGGCUUUUUUAGCUGCUGCAUCACACUGCUGGCUCAUGUCAAGUUUGUGGUCUACCAAGACUCCUGAUGGUCUGUGCCCUCUUCUGUCGCUUUGCUAGUCAAGGAGUUUUAUCUGGAAGUGGACAGCAGGUAGGCACUUAAUUUUGAUUACUCAAAUGGGUGUCUGCUGUGUGCUUGUCUUUAAACAAAGCCUACAUGGCUUGUGAUUCACCAAACCACGUUUCUGCACUCACCUGUAGGCUGCUAGAACAGGAUCAAGGUCAUGCUGGUUAGGUGUAAUUAAACAUCAAGACCUUUCUGAGGGAAAGAGCUGCUUGCCAGCGUAACAGACUCCUGCAGAAGGUGGUGGACUCUCCUUCCCUGGAGGCAAUCUGUCGGGGAUGCUUUAGUUGAGAUCCCUGCAUUGCAGGGGGUUGGACUAGAUGACCCUCAGAGUCCCUUCCAAUUCUAUGAUUCUAUGAAUUAGAUCAGUGCUUCGUUUUGCCAAGGAAAUACAGCAAGCCCAUUUGGGGUCUAGCAACCACUGUAAACUGUGAAGAUGAUGCUGGCAAGGCUGCAAGGUAUCAGCUGAUUGGAGGGGACUAUAGGUCUGGUGGUGUCUCUUAGACUGCCUAUAGCAGGCAUGGCCAAACUCCGGCCCUCCAUAUGUUUUGGGACAAUUCCCAUCAUCCCUGACCACUGGUGUUGUUAGCAAGGGGUGAUGGGAGUUGUCCCAAAAUAUCUGGAAGGCCACGUUUGGCCAUGCCUGUCCUAUAGAGCAGGCAUAGGCUAACUCUGGCCCUCCAGAUGUUUGGAACUACAAUUCCCAUCAUCCCUGACCACUGGUCCUGUUAGCUAGGGAUGAUGGGAAUUGUAGUUCUAAACAUCUGGAGGGCCAGUUUGCCUAUGCCAGCUAUAGAGGAUGUGGCUCAGAUGAGGUGAUGGGCUGCAGUUACUUUUCUGUGCUCUAUCCCCAGCAUUAGACUUUGGUAGGUUUGUGACUUGGAAGCCGUAAAGCAGCUAUAGAGAUCUUUCACCCUAGUACUAGAAAUCAAUUUCAUUGAUUUUAAGCAUUUCAUAUGCAUUUAAAAUUCUGUGGUAAGCACGCUGCAAUGUACAAUCUGAGCAGUGUUGCAAAAUAUAUAUAGUUUUAACCAUAUUGAACUCCUAAUCAUUUCUUCUUCCUGUUAUUAUUUUGCUUGUACCUUUUUUAAUUGAGUCAUGCUGCUUUGAUCAUGAUGUUGAGGUGGUCAGUCUUAUUGGUCCACUGAGUCCAGCAUUGUUUCCUCUGACUGGCAGCAGCUCUCCAAGACCACGGGCAGCAGUCUUCCCUUUGGCUCUGUUUAGCUAGCAUUACCAGGAAUUGAACUCAGGACUUUUGCAAGCAAAAUAUAUGCCUCUACUGGGAGCAGCAUUCUUCUCCCCCACCCCUGACGAACCAUGAUCCCGAGAUACCAUGUUUCUUUCUUUCUUUUUUUUAAAGAGCAAGUUUCUAGCAUUUAUAGAAAGUGAGCUUUGAAACAAAACAUACAUGCAGUGGUCUGCUCAUUUUAAGAUUGGAGUUUUGUGUUACCAAAAAAGAAGAAAUGGAAUUGUUCUGCACACAUGUGUACCGUAUUUUAAUUAGGGAUUAACUUCCUUGUAGAAUACUGCCCUGCAUUUCAAAGGGGCUUGUGCAGGAGAACAUCCCCCUAUAGCAGGAGAAGCAAAAAGGUUGAUUGGGCUCUUCUCAUCUCAGGCAAUCGAUCGUACGACUCAAUGGGCAGUGUAAUUUCUGCAGGCUAGGUAGUGUGAAUUUUUUUAAAAUAUGUUUUGAGUUUAUACCAGGAAGCUCUCCUGCAUACGUGUGUCUGAAUUAAAUGGGAGUUAUUCAGGAGUGUGACUCCCAUCCUUCUUAAUAAGCACAGGAGAGAUCCCCCUGACUUGUGCCCAAAAUUAGUACAUUUUGAUUCCCUCUCUGUAUUUGGCAUAUCUGGCCAAAAAGCUUGGCUACCUUCAGAUAAGGCGCUUCACAAUCAUGCUCAUGCUUCCGACGUCACCCCCCCCUUUUUUUAAAGUAAAAAGAGAGAAGCUCUAAUAAGUUCAGCAACUGGAAGCAUAGCAAUCUGAUUGAAGAUAAUCUACAUUUAGUUCAUUCUGUGACAUGUGCAACUCUUAAGCCAUACUGAACUGGGUUUUUAUUUUUAAAGGUUCUCUGUCGUAUGGUUUGAAUUUCUGCCUUGUUUAUUUUCAAAGGAUUCCUUCAUAGUAAGGGAUGCCGUGUGUGUGUGUGUGUGUGUGUGUGUGUGUGUGUGUGUGUGUGUGUGUGUGUGUAUGUGUGGGGGUGUGCUUUCAUAUAUAUAAAUAUAUAUUUAUUUUUCAGCAUGCUUAAACCUGUCUACUAAAAUGUAACUAAAGCAAACAAGGGCAGUGUUUGAACAUUGUUGAUUAUUUUUUUUGCUGGGAAUAGUCUAUAUUAUACUGACUUUAUAUAUUAUUAUAAACCUGUGUUUGUAUUGCCGAUGUUUAAUAUUUUGAGGGUGGGAUAUGGGGAGAUUUUAGAACCCAGAAGUCAGUUGGGAAAGGAGUGUGUGUUUGUACUGAUUUUCUCUCAGUGUAGUUCAGGUAACUAUGACCUUAUUUACUAGAUGAUCUCACACUUUCUUUUGUCUGUCUAGGAGCCGAUCAUAUUUACUUUGUCAUGAGAUUAAUUUAGACAUACUUGCAAAAAUCGGUCCGUUUCAAUAAAUUGGGAUAUUGCUGCUAAAA